AUGUCCCUCGUGAACCACCCUCCUUCGCAACAACGACCAGCCCUCUAUCGUUCUCUGUCACAUACCAACGCCUCCCAGCAGGAUGCUGCCUCGUCUAGCCAACCCCCAGCCGCAGGGCCGAACUCUCGACCUACGCGACCGUCCCAUGUCAGAUCAAGAUCCUAUCUCUCGCCUGCGGACCCUAAACCACGCAACGCAAUCACCCUCCCCGCUGCAACCAGCGCGUUCGAGAAGACAGCAUCGCGCCUACACCUGCCAGGGUCCUCACAUCGACAUCACAAUCAUAAAGACAAAGACCACCAUUCCAGUGGCCAUCAGCACUCACAGUCGCACUCGCACGUAUCGCACCACAGCAAUGAUUCCACGCAUAGUCUCCCUUUCAGACGCCACCGCCCAACCCAGUCCGAAGCACAUGCUCCCCGUCGCUUCGCUUCAAAGGAGGCUCUCUCCACCCUCCCGCAUCUAGUUGCAGGGCUCAACGCCGAACGGGAGCGGCGCACACAUGUAGGCAAUAUACCCAAUCCAAUAAAUCCGACAAAUCGCAGCGCUGGCGGCAGCAAUGGUACUAAUCAUGGGGCUAUGCAUCCCUUUGGUCCUUCUGCCGCCCUGUCUAGCGACUUCCAAGCAGGCGGCCGCUACGAUUACGAUGCUUCUGGAUUUCCUGAACUUCGCCGGCGUGCGACAUCAGACCCUGCCUCUCCGGACAAACUCCCCCGCCCCGCUCCAGCGCAUCCCCUCCGCCCCAAGACCUCUUUCGAAGAAGCCCUCGAUCGUGGUGAUGCUGCCCGUGUCGCCCGACGCAUACACGUCAAAGUCGAAGAUCUCCAGCGCCGAGACCAGGAACUCCGGUUGGGUGAAGAAGAGCUCCGCUCGCGCGUUGCAGAGAUAACAUCCACCGGGGUGGAGAUAACUCGUCGAUUAGACUAUGGAUACUACAACUUGCUUGAGAAAGUCGGAAACCUCGUCAGCAUGAUUGGGAGUUUCCAGUCUCUAGCACGACAGAGUGGGACGUUGAUUGGGAAUUUUGAGCGCGAAAGCAAGAGGGUAGAUGAAGAUACACGUCGACGCGUGAAGACUUUACAAGGGGGAUUCGAGACGAGGCAAAUUAAAGCUAGGCAACUGGCAGAGCGUGGAGAGAAGGCGAGCAGGAGGGCGAGAGAAUUAUCCGCGCGACUGGAGAAAGCCCGCGCGAAAGUGGAAGAAUGGGAAAACCGGGAAGAGAAGUUCCGCAAGGCGUGGGACCGCGUAUGGGGGAUCGUCUGGUGGACAAGCAUUGCGGUCAUUGUCAUUGUGGUAGCGGUGGUGCUUGGCAAGGAAUGGUAUUUCCAUGGAGACCCCGUGAAGGCCGGGUUGAGACAGCACGGAGAGGGUAACUGGAAUCGGAGCUUGAGACUGGGCGGGACAGCAGGGGGCCAGGAGAACGAGAGACGCCUUCGACUCGGGAGCCACGACGGCGGUGGCAGUGGGGAGAAGAAUGAGACAGACCCCAAAGAAGAACAGACGCUAAAUGUGCCGGACGACGUGAGGCAGAUUCUCCUAGGCAUCGCCGAGAGGAACCGCAUCAGGAAAAAUGCCUUUCCAGAGGUCCCCAGCAUGGGCUAUGGAUCCCCUCGCUUGACCACAGGUCCGGAGGAGGAGCAGUGUCAUGAGGAUCCGAGACUAACCAGGCUCGACGAGUUGUGA